AUGAUUGGCAUCCGCUGGUCGUGCCAGCCAGCCGCGCGGACAUGCUUGUGGGUACCGAAAGUCUUCUCCGGCCUUUGCGUUUUUUCUUCACUCAUGUGUCACGUGCAUUAUCCCAACGAAAUGCAGCAUGGCAAUGCUUUGAUCUGCCUGGCGGUACACUUGUUCAUCGGCGAUCCGUACUUUGGUCUCGCCUUGAGAGUCGCCUUGAUCCCCUUAGGCGCGGGAUUGCGGAUAGGCGGUUGGAUGGCAGACUCCAAGGAUUUGAGCUUGGUCAUGUUCUUCUUCAUGAAUGAAGCGCUCUGCUGUUUUGCCUUCCUAUUGAUUUUCAAGUACUUUGAGUUCUUGUUGGGCCAACUUCAGCAGACGGCCACAGACCUCCAAGUCCAGAUGCAACAGAGGGAGCAAGACGCCAGAGAGACCAAGGAGACUCUUCUGGCGGCUCGCCGGCUGUUGUCCGUGACCUGCGACUGUUGUGAACAGCUGACGGAGAACUGGGACAUUGCUGAGCCGUCGCAAAGCAUCUUGGCCUUGCUGCAAAUCAAUAAUCCCGAGGAAGAUCUGAAGAUGGUGGAUCACGGCAUACCAUUGACCUUGCCAUUCUUGGAGUUUAUUUGGGAGGAAGAUCAGGAACGGUUUGUCCAAUUUUCUCCGUCCUCCUUGCAUUUGCGCAUGAAGACUUGCCACGGUCAUUCCUUCGAGGCACAACUCUUUCAUGUGGAUGUGCCAGGUGGUCUCAUUGGCACUACAAGGCACCUCAUUGGGAUCAGUAAAUUAGAGGGUGAGAUGCACCGUAUUCCUGAACAUUGCCCCUUGGUGUCUUCCCCUUUCCUUGGAGCGACUUCCGGUGACACGCGCAGUGUGUCCUCUAGCGGCAGCGGAAUCUCCGCGGCGAAGAGCGAGCAGCGCAGUUUCCGCCACUCGCACGCCGCAGCAGACCACUCGCAGCCGGAGCCACAAGCGCCUGCAGCAUGGGGUGCGUCCGACGUGGAUCGUUUCCUGCAGCAGAUCGACUACAUCUCCCUGCAGCUGGAUUUGCGUCUGGCCGAGGGUUACCCGGUCCGUGCCCUACAGCUGGUCUUUCGUGACCCACCUCAGGCCAUGCACCUGAAGAACUGGACGGCACGGAAGUGCCAGAAGCAACUGGAGCAGUUCCUCCAAGGCCUGACGGACGAGACCUCUCCCCUCUCGGCGAGCGGAGCCAUGGAGUUCCGGGUGCCUGGCCUGGAGAAGAUGCGCUUCAGGGCGCAUGAGCUCCGUGUAGAGCCGGCAUUGGAGGAGCAAAGGCUCUCCAUCAGACUUGACUUGAAGAGUGUGAAGUUUCGCUAG